UGAUCCUCGAACCUCGGUCCCCACCCGUUUUGACUUGGCAAUCCACAGGUGCAAGAACAGCUAGCACCGAGAUCGGUUUGCCGACGUUGGCGCUCUUCGGCCAUCUCGAGCCGCUCCUGGUGGCAGCACCAGCGAGCGACCUGCAGCAUGCGUGCGGUGGCAACAAGACCUUCGAGCCGGCUGGGGGCCUGGGGUGGCCCAGCGCUGGUUCCGGCCACGCAGGCGUCCGUGUCGGCUCGCUGCGUGUUGGCUCCGCACGCGCCCCGCCUCCUUCCGCCCUCUCUCUGCCAAUUCAAGCUGUGCGCGUCCCUAAUUAAAGCCGUGCGCUUCCCGCUCAGCUCUCAGCGGAAGAGGUUCGCUCCCCCCCCUCGGAUCACCUGAGUGUUGGCUCUGCACGUGCUGGCCCGCGCUGGUGGCGAACGAACGCGUCGCGCCGAGGGGGCACGUUCUUUCAGUCUCCGUGUUGAGCCGCGUGCCAGCACGCCACCGGGGCCAGGCGCCCCCCGAGCCCUCCGAGGGCGCCCGCCCCUGGCUGCUCUCCCCCCUGGGGCGCGCCGCCGAGGAGAGCCUCGCUCCCCGAGGCACUCCACCCUCGGAGCCCCGCUCCGAGAAGUUUUUCUACAUCCCCGCUGCAUUUCGUCAGCGGGGGCCGCCCCUGCGUCUCGCCCCGGGCGCGCCCCGUGUGUCCAGCUCUGCGCCGUCUGGCGCUGGAUUUCUCCGUCUGAUUUUUCAAGAGUCGGCGGUGCGGAGGCCUACUGCUCCUUCGCACCGUGCCACAAUUGUACAGUUAGGCCGGCUCUCUGCAUGCUGCGGAGGAGGAGGAGUUCCUUCCCGCCAUGAUGCAUGAUUUCUAGGCUUUCUUAGCUUUCUCAAACCUUCGGGUUGCCCUCCGGCCACUGCCGCCGUGCGCACGGCGGGGGGGAGGCGUCACAGUAUGCCCCCCCUAUAAUUCCCGCGAUCGCCGAACGCAGAGAAGCGCGCUCCAGUUACCGCGCAGUGCGGGAUGUAGUGUUUGAAUUCGUGUGCGCCCCGUGAGCUUCGGAGAAGAACAACCAACAUCACCAUGAACCUUGGGAGGCUCGCGUGAACUUGUUGGAUCAGCGCUGGGUCCAACUGUCUCUAGCGCCCGGCACGCGCCAGUGCGAACGACUACGAGACUGCACGAUCAACAGUAUGGUCAUGAGCAUCGCACCUCGCAGAGGGAAGCUGCAGCACGCUGCGCAGCCCGCGGGGAAGCACCGGCGCCAAGAUUUCGCCACCGCGGCGCACCCAUGGAAGACAUCCGGGUGGCGCCGCCAUCGUGAUCGUGGGCCAGGAGGAUCACGAGAAUCCUCGAGGGGCAGCACCCGGCUUCGGCAGGCCCUGCCGCUUGCGUCCUCGCGUGGGGAGCGCGAGGCAACCGGGCUGCUCGGCUGCCGAGCAGGAUCGCAACAUAGAACGGUAAUCGAGGACGCACCCGCCAGCAGCGGCAGAGGCGGCGAAGCCCGCCCGAUUUUCCCGAGCCCCGCUGCGGCGUGAGGCGCCGGGCGCGACCCUGCGCGGGAUAGGGGCACAGUGGCCUGCGGGCCGGCCGAAGGCACACGGCUCUCUUCCGUGGGGGGAAGGCCUCGUCGCCGCGGCCGGAUCAUCAAGACAUGGUAUUUUGGGGGGUCCGCCCUCUUCUUGUUGCACCGCCGCGGCGGUUGACAGGCACGCUGCACCCGAGGGCCAGGGGCCUCGGGGGCAUCUCUUUGAAUUCUGAGCCUUGGCUGCCCAAUGUAAUGACCUCGCGCGAGGUUGGCGCCCGCGGCUGCACGCAGAGCGCUGCCGGUUAUGAACCUGACCGGCCGUGCAAGUGUGGUGUUCGCGGCGCUUGCUGCCGAGUUUUUCGUCAUCAUUCGCACGCGGGCGGCCGGGGCGAUCCGUCUGUGAUGCCGAUGACUGGCGCAGGCGUAUAUUAGCCAGCGCACUUCUAGAGCAUUUUUUUCGUGUCAUUUCGCGCCCUUCCUCGGCUCCGCCUGCAGAGGGGUCUGCGAGGGCCCUUUGCAUGCUGGCCAACAGGCGACGGCUGUAACCGUCGACGCCGAGCCGCAGAAAA